AUGGCGGAGUGCGUGAAGUUGGACUGCGGCGUUCAGCACUACGCCUGGGGGAAAACUGCCGCGGAGAGUUUUGUGGCGAGGAUGAAGCACGAGGCGGAGGGCGACCGCAGGUACGCGGAGUUGUGGGUCGGGACGCACGUGAACUGCCCCUCGCACCUGCGGUCCGGGCAGCCGCUGGAGGAGUACCUUCGCCAGCCGAGCGUCGCAGCCCGCUUUUUCUCCCCGGCGCAGCAGCGGAACGCGGAGUUCCGCAACAAGGUGCCGUUCCUACUCAAGGUGCUGUCGGUGCAGACGGCGCUUUCUGUACAGGCGCACCCCAACAAGCGAUUGGCGGCGAAGCUGCACCGCGAGAACCCCAGCAAAUACAAGGACCCAAACCACAAGCCGGAGUUGGUUGUGGCACUUACGCGUUUUGAAGCCCUUUGUUGCUUUCGCCCCUUGCAUGAAAUUCUUCGUCUGGUGGAAUCUGCAAAGCCGUUGAAGGCGCAGCUUGGCAGCGUCGCCACGGCAUCGGCGAAGCAGGGGGAAAAGAGCGUUAUCAAGGCCAUGAUGCGUGCUGUGUACGGUCUGAAUCCGGAGUUGCAGAAAAAGGCCCUCAGGGAACACGCGGCGGCUCUGAGAGUAAAAGGAGAGGCGGCUUCCACGGAGGAUCGUCUCUUUCUGCUUCUUAUGUCACAGUAUCCAGAUGAUAUUGGGUGCUGGAUGGUUUACUUCCUUAACUAUGUACAGAUGGAGCCCGGUCAGGCUUUGUUUUUGGCAGACAGCGAGCCGCAUGCGUACAUUUGCGGAGAUGGCGUGGAAAUCAUGGCCAACAGCGACAACGUUGUGCGUGCUGGACUGACGCCAAAAUGGAAGGAUGUGCCCACGUUGCUCGAGAUGCUGCGUUACAGUACCAAUGGCCUGGAGCGGGCGAGGUACGAGCGCCACCGGGCUGCAGGAGGGGAAUCGUGGGAGGUGCAACGCUACUGUCCGCCGGCGCAGUUCCCUGACUUCUCCCUCUUUCGCCUGCAACACGUGGCGCACACGACGAGCAAGACAUAUGUGCGGCUUCCAAGCAUUGGGCUGGGCUUCUGUGUGGGCGGCGAGGGUCGCGUGAAUGGGACACCGGUGACCCAAGGCGACUGUUUUGCGGUUCCUUAUGGCGCGCUAGCGUGCGAGGCGAGUGGGAGUUGCACUUUGUUUGUCGCCUCCACGAAUGACCUCUCGCUGCGUCCCGCCCACAUGUAG